AGGAGAGUUUUUCUUGAACCUGACUCAUUGCUGCGUAGUACAUGCUUAGUUAGACCACUGUUUUUGUACUUAAGUAUCACCUAAACAAAGCCAGAGACAUCGGACAAUUUUUGGUACAUUAAACUUAAAUUCCUCACGAUUAAAGCAUUACAUACGGGGGACGAGCAUAGGAAUCUUGGACUCAAAUAAGUGGUUGCUACGUCGACCUCCAUAUUGAUCCAUACCAUUGUAUCCACUGUUUAUGUUUUGUCACAUUGAUGUCGUGUCAUAGUAAUUCUAGUUCUUAAACACAUUCAUUGGUUAAUUAAUUAGUGGAACAAAAUGGAGGAUUUCAUCGACUCGAUCGGGCAGACCCGUUCUAAGCAGAAGACGCUCAAAGCCCUGAGCCGUCUCCUCAGUGGCUGCUUGAAUAACGACGAUAAGAUCAGGAAAGGGACGUGGGUCAACGAAAUCCCCAUCGCUGGCCAUGCUUUGUUGUUGCAUCUAGGCUUUACGAAGGGCGAUGGCGUCUGGGAAUGCCCGUCUCAGACUGGUAGUAGUAGAGACCAAAUCUCGGAAGCGAAUGAGCUCAUAGAAUGCGUCCUGAUGUCCAUGGACGACGAUGAAGAGGACGGAGAAGAUUUAUGACUAGAAAAAGUUAUAUUUAUUACGCCCUUAAGGCAGUCUGCACUGAACUUUGUGCGGAAAAUACGCAGAAAGUACGCAGGUAGGUUUCGACUUAUCGGAACUCGCUCGCACUACAAAAAAAAAAAAAGUGCGAGAUUAAUUGUAUUGUAUUGUGUCGGUCAUCCUCAUCCCACUCUGAUUCUGCAAUACAAGAGACCAGGCUCCUCUACGGCAAAAAGCCAUGCUGGUCCAUUUUAUUGAUACGACCCACACCUCACCAAAUCUGAUCAUUUUUCUAACCUCAGCAGCAAAGAACGGUGCCUCUUCACCGAACAAUGCUUCUGCUGCGGCUGGGGCAGCGAGUGGCGCAGGAGGCCCUGAUCAGAUGGAUGUCGAUAGUAAAGAGGAGGACGAUGAAGAACUCAAUGCCGCAUUAGCCAUGUCCCUUGGUGAUGAGGGAGCGAGGGUGCACAAGAUUAUGGAUAGAAGUGGUUCUGGUUUGACUGUGAGGUCAAAUAAGUUAAAGUUGUUGUAUUUGAUUUCGAUGCUUUUAGAACUAGUGGUACAACACAGGGAUCCUUUUUGUAGUUCACUGUCGUGAAAAGCAAGUGAGCAAGACUGCAAGGAGUUUUAGUCUCUAACAGCAAGCAAAAAACAGACGAUGACGACGAUAUGCCUGCUGCGAAUGAAGUGCGAGUGGAUGUGGAGUUCCAACGUAUACCUCCUAACUUUCCAUGAUAAUGAAGAUGAUCUUGAUCUUGAUUGCUGACGAUAGUAUAACAGUACAACAGUAUUUAGCAGUAACAGCAUCAUGUCCUCAAGAAAGAACCUUAGAGUAAAGUAAGUACCGACGUUCGUCACGACCACAACGAGGAUCAUCCACAUCAGGUUUCGACGCUUCAACGGUUACGGUAGAUCCGAAGCAGGUUGACGAGGUGAACGCCAUCCAGGAAGCGAUCGGUGAGCCGUAUGUAGAUCCACAGUUUCCGGCUUCAGACAAAGCCCUUUACAUUAAUCCAGAGGACGCCAAAACGUGGGACUGCAUGACAUGCGGAAGGCGAAAUCCACUGCCACCCUUGUUUCCUUUUCCACCUGACAAUAAGGCACAGGCUAUUUCAUCUCCAGCUCCACAGGUUUUUUUCUCUGUCAAAGAUACAGUUUGCUUCUAUCUCAAGAUCAUUCGGAAAAAAUGAACUCAAGAGAAAGAGAUGAAGCAUUUUCUUCUCUAAUAACAGUAGGGAGGAAGCAAUGAACUUGCAGCAGAAGCUUGACAGUAUCCUAUGCUUCCAUUGUCGAGCGAAGCCAACAAACGUUGCGCAAGUUCGCUUUGUCCAUAGACCCUCGAAUUGGCUGAGACCUGGGGGUAGGACGGACUCUAUUUUAUGGCUGGCGGGUAGUUCGUUGACACUUGAGAUCAUGCAGUCCUCUAUCAGAUGUGCCCUUUUCUUCCAAUUACAGCUGCUAAAAGACCGAGAAAAAUGGGUUACGUAAAGCCCCAAGAAUCUCUACCCGAUUAUAUCUCUCUUCUAAGAAAAACAGACAUGCUUUACCCAACCGUUACGGAUAUGAGCAUCAAGUCGCGGUUAUGCACCGGAUUUAUCCGGGAUGACAUGGGUAACACCAUUGGCCAGGAAUGGGCUGUCGUGAGAGAAGAAGCGAGACCAGAAGACGUAGUGCAAGGAGCCAUUGGAAAUUGCUGGUAUGAGAAGACGUUAUGUGAGUUUGAGUGCGUGUAGGUAUCUGGUUGUGAUAAAUAGCUUUGACUUCCUUAUUUGAAGACGAAAAGAUUUUGGUUUGUAUUAGUACUGCCGUCUUGUCACUUUUUAUGGUGGAUGAUGAAGACUACCGUUGAUUUCGAUGCUGACUGCUUUAUCCAGAUUCAACCCGAUGAACUUACAAGCUACGUCGAAUAGACUCCCCUCAACACUACGGCUGCAAAACCCUAGCACUAUCAGACUCUAAUCCUCGUUCGCUGGUGCCCUUUCAGUGGUUGCGCAGAGACCUGACCUCAUCGACAAGCUGAUAUUGACCAAGAAGUACAACAAGCAUGGAGCCUAUCUGGUACGCUUGUGUCAUGCAGGUCGUUGGCGCGGCAUGUUAUUGUUAAGCAGGGAGGUUGAAAGGUGUUUAGUACUUGUCACCAGUUUCGGAAUGCUCAUCAGGGCAACUGACCAUGGCCAUGCUUAGUACUUGAGCUUUUGGACAAACUACAUGGGCAUAUUCUAACCUGAUGCUAAUCUACAUCUACUCCAAAUUUUCCGUCUUGGCGGAUGUCCUCCUGCUGUAGAACCCGCUUCUAAUCUCCGACGACUUAUUCCCUUGUAGUAAAGUCUGGGACGGGCGACUGGCAGAUGGGAAGAUUUACUUCGCAAGAGGAGGUGAACUAAGUUACCUGCAGUCCCGCAGACGCCAGUUGUGGGUCCCGUUAAUCGAAAAAGCAGCUGCGAAACUGUUUGUUAAGGUGAAGCCGUAUAGUAUUCCACAAGGAAGAAGAACCUUUUUUUAAUGCCCGUGUUGCGAAAACUUCUGCAUCAGUGACUCCUAAUUUGAUUGGACCCAGCAGUAUUAACCUAGCCAGAAACUGUAGAGAGGUUCCGCACACUCGUGCUCUAAGCUCCGUUGCUACGGUGCGUUGAACAGUGGAACUUUCGGCGAAGCAUUGGGCUUACUCACCGGCUAUCCCGUAGAACAGAUGAGAUUAUACGAACCGAAGUCCGUGAAGGACGCAAGAGAAAAGCGGCGCAACGAAAUUGUAGCGUUGAGGACGCAAGCACUAUAUGAUGACUGGAGAAGACUUUUUAACGGUAACGCCAGCGGUUGACAUUGAACUUGAAGAUGUACUCAAAGAAGCAUGCUGCUUCAUCAGCAUUCUACAAAAAGACUCAGUAUCUUCAUCUUGUCCUCCUCGUCAUGGUUGGCAAACCCUCGACUCUUCUCUUCCUUUCUUUCAUACCCCCUUUAGAGGCGAGGAGCCUCCAGACGUCGAUGAGGAAGAGAUGUCUGUAUUAGACGACGCGUUUCAAGUCGAUGUCCUCUGGACACGGUUACUGAGUUACUUUGAAGCUGGCUACAUCAUGGGACUCGCCUGUAGUCACGAGGGCGUCGAAAAAAGCCGAGACGAAGUAGUGGGGGUUGGUUAUGGCUUGUUUUUGUACUUACUUGAUGGAAUAGUUUCUUUAGACAGCUCUUGAUCUACUGGUAUUUCAACAUGAGUGCCCAUUCCUGCAUGAAAAGGUGGCAUGACCCCUCUUCUAAGUGCGUUUGCAGUCUCCCCAUGCGUAUGGUAUCUUGGACGUACGCGAGAUCGAAUACGAAUGGCCCAAAAACAGCGGUAAUAAACGACAACUUAUGUUGACAUUGCUGUUGAUCUGCUGAUUUUACUCAUACCCCAAUAAAUUCCCCUUGUACAGGAAUACAGCUGUCUCAAUGACCGGACUUGAUCAUCGCCUUGUUGUUCUUUGUAAGUACUUGGAAAAAAUGAGGAGUAAGUAUAUGCCUGUGCGGGCCGCGGAGUGGUGGACCCUCAACCUUAAUCUUAACCUUAUAUGCGAGCGGUAUUGAUGAUCUGUUCUAGCGGAUCCCGUCUGUCCUUCUAAUAACAGACUGAUAAAAGUAAGGAAUCCUUGGGGAGACAAGGCACCGCAGACUUGGAAAGGCGCAUGGGGCACAGACUGGGAAGGAUGGACUUUCGAUUUGAAAUUAUGGCAAUCAUGAUAUUAUAAUCACGUUUUGGAGAAGAAUCUGUACUGUAUCUUUUGAAGUACAUGCUCUACUUUUUUAAUAGGAUGAUUCCUGGCAUUAAGUAGAGUUUCAUUAACGGAUGACUGGCAUUAAGAAGAAGUAAGACAUACAAUUAGUUUCAUGACCAUUCUUUCUAAUCAAUCUGCAAUUGGGCGUUGUAAAUCGAUCGAACGUGACCCUACACGAGACUAUGGGCAUAUUUUGGAUAAGCUUCGAGGACUUGCGCAAAUAUUUUGGCAGUGUGGAGGUCUGUCGAGUCCAUCCACCGUACUGUUAUGACGAUGUCGCGCGUUUUCUUUGCUUAGUCGGAUUCCAUGAUUAGUCAAAGUGCGAGUCUCAUUGGGGUGGGCCUCAUUAGUUUUAGAAAAGAUAUUCGUGAGUCUGUAACUCUCUGCUACAAAGUCGUUUACAUAUCAUCAUUGUUUGGUCGUUUUGUUGUUCCCAUCAAGUAGUUACUUAUACUUGUGUCGCUGAUGAUCAUCUCCCUUUAACCCUCGUGCCUGCGUGAGGAACGAUUAUGGUUAUCAAGCGCAGUGGGACCUGGUGAGUGUCUGGAGUUCGACGUUUACCAAGCUACGGAAAUUGACCUCGCUGUAUGGCAGGAGAGGCACGUAAAACGCGAAACUGCAAUCGGAGCGAAGAGCACGAAUCAAGAUGUUGGUACUAGUAAGUUGUUUUCGGUUCUUUUGUGAUAAUGUAUGUAGCUUGACCCUAACUUUCUUCAUCACAUAUUUAUAAAUAUUAUAGUUACUUUUGGCUUGGAAAUUCAACUUAGACUUCAUACUGUUGGCCAAUGGUCAUUACUGGCUCGCGAUCCAAUGGAUGAACCUGAUUUCAAUGCCAAAUGACUGCUCUCACUCGUCACCUUGAUCAUGAUCAAGGCCGUUCCUUGUCUUGAACUCUUGUUAGUUCCUCGUAUGAUCAUCGUUUGAACUCAAUGAGUUCCAACAUGAAUCAGCAGCAAGAUCUCCCAGAUCUUUAACUGCACUAUGGCCCUUCAUGAUAUCCCAAUGACAUUGGACCCAUUUUGAUACCAUUUCAGGGCCUUAAAAAGUCAGUGAUCAUUCGGCACGUCCGUUCUGAUCGUCUUUCUGUUACAUUGCAACGAUAACCAUUCCAUUUGCUCUCAAGAGCCUCAUAGUGCGCUUGGACGUGUUCGGGUGUUCCAACACUGUUUCAAGCCCUUGAGCCUUACCUUAUUAACGAAAUUGUUAGUCAAGUCAUUGUAGAAGUAGAGAAAACAAAGUCGCACUACUUGCGCCAUAAAAUGCCCGAUGUGAGUCUCGGAGAGAUUUCACCCAAACUGGGGCAGAAAUCUGACUGGCGUGACUGGCUUUGAGCGGUAACGCAAGAAGCAGACCGCCUGGACCUAGUCCAAUACCUCAACAACGUGCUGAACGGCAAUGCGGCAGGGGUUCCGAACCAACCCAACAACAACGACCGCAAGCUCCAGCAGAAUUGGCGAGAUUUGAAGAGUGUGAUCAUCAAGUCGCUCAAAGGUGCAGCCGAAGCACAUAUGAAGGAUCAGGAUGCCACUGUAAUGAACGCUGGUGAAGUGGUGACAAACCUCCGUGACGCCGGUUUCAGUCAAAAUGACCGCACAGAGCAACGAAUCUCUGCUAAAGCGUUGGAAGGGAUGCACUUCACGAACCGUGACUCUCCUCCAGACGUUCCAACAUUCCUGGCAAAGGUUAGAGAUGUCAUGAACCAAUCUCCGACCGUCUAUCCACCGGAAGUUGGUGUGGCUAUUGCUGAUCAACAAAACGGAGCAAUCCUCGACAUUCUGCCUAAAAUGUUUUCCAAAGCAUUUCGACAGACAAUCGAGAGGAUGCAAGAAGAAGAACAUCUAACGUUCGUCCAAAUCGGUGAAAGACUCACGAAACGACUUCAAAGUUUGAUUGACUCUGGUGAGUACAAGACCGAGAGUCCAUCUUUCGGCAAAGCUUUUCCAGCUGUCGAAGAUUCCGAUGAUGAAAACCAGAACAAUGCCAAAACCAAGAAGCGUAAGCGUCAAGAUGAGAGUGAUGACGAUGGUAACGCGUUUGCCGCUCUCAAGAAAACAACGAUCAAACGACUUCGCAAGAAGAUUCGCAAAGAAAUCAAGAACGAGGUCUACGCAACAAAAGGAAGUGGAAAGACCAAGAGUAGUAGUAGUAGUAGUUCUAGUAGUAAGAAAAACAUCAAAGGAAGUGGCAAAGGUAAAGGUGCUAAGAACUCUAAUCCUAAUGAGGGUAUCCAGUGCAACUAUUGUCACAAGUAUGGACAUAAGGCGCACAAAUGCUGGCUAAACCCGACGAGUCAAAGCCACCAACCUAACAAAGCCAUGGGCAGCAACUUCUUCAGCAAUUCAUACAACUGCUGGCCGCAAGGUAACGCUAUCCCUCCGUGGCACCAGAGCAGCUAUCCACCGCAACAAAGUGGAGGAAAAGGAUUCGACAACAGUAACCCACAGCAGCAAUGGGGUGGACAACAACCACAGCGCUGAGUCGAAACCAAUCCGGAAUGGAAUGGAUAUGGGAAACGAGAUGGACAAUCCCAAGAUGAAGAAGAAUUUGAAGAAGAUUUCGAAGAUGAAAAUGGAAGAUGUUCGCUGAACUUUGAAGAAAACUUUGAGAAUAAAGAAUAUAGAAGUGAACUGUUUAGGGAUGAAAGCUAUAUGGUUGAUAGUCGCUCAGGUUGCUAUCUAAGUGCAAAUAACAGGGAAAAUAGCAAAACAGUUCCACUUGUUGACAGUUGUGCAAAUAAGUAUUUGUCUAGCCAUCGUUCCGAUUUCAAGAAGAUUAGCUACCGGCUUUGUCACAUUAGUGGCACCGCUAGAAAGCGAAGUGGGAACUUAGGUAGACUGAAAGAAAACAAAUUAGGACUAAAAUAUGGCGUACACUUUGAACACUUACCAAAAGCCAUAGAUCGCAUUAUACCGUGGUUAGGUGAAGGAAACUGUCAUGGGAAGGGUUGGCAAAUGAAUUUCACAGAAAGUGGCGGAACGCUGUACAAUACCCGCUCCGGCCGCUCUCUACCCAUAACAAAUUGCCCCCAGAUGCAGUUACCUACUCUAGGCUGUGACAUGUUUAGCAAAGAAGAAAAUGAAACUGAGGAGGAUAUAGCAUGUACUAGCAUCGAAGAAGCUAGACUUCAUUCACAAGCCUCAAGAUUAGACAUACAUCGUAGACUUGGUCACUUUCACGUCGAUGGCCUUAGUGUAUCUUGUCCAGAAUGUGAUCGAGCCAAAGGCCAAAGACGCUCUCAUGCAAAAGUGAGGCCCGCUGGGCAUAUACCUUCUCCAUUGAAAACACUUGCAAUUGAUUUCGCAGUUGGUAUUAGACCAGUAUCUAUAAGAAGCAAAAGAUGUGCUUUAGUCAUUAUUUGUGAUUCGAUUAAAAUGUGUUUCGUUCGUCCUCUUUGCCUCAAGUCGGACUGCGUAGAGGUGAUUGAAGAAGUAAUAAAAGGCAUUCGCCAGGACUACUCAUUGCCACUCGACGACAAGGCGGCAUGGUUCAUCCGUAGAGAUAACGAACCCGUCCUAAGUAGUGACCAUAUGACCAAAGUCAUGCAAUCGCUACUGGUUUCGGAAAUUCCUGGAGUUCCUUACAGUCCAGAAAUGAAAGGAACUUGCGAACGUUUCACGCGGACCAUUUUCGGUGCUGUGCGUACCAUGUUGGUCAAAGUCGACCGACGUCUUUGGUGUUACUGCCUACAGUAUGCCGGAGAUUGUUGGAAUCGCUUACCGCAUCGUUAUGCAAAAAUGCCAGAACGUGAUGGCAUGAGUCCUGUCGAGAUACUAGGAAAGAGGAUAGGAAAGAAGUCCUCGAAAAGUGGUCUAGGUAUGUUAAGAAGAUUCGGGUGUUUGGUGUACUUUCGUGAACAGGUCGUAGACACCACCAACAAGAAAGAAGCAAAGCUCGCGUCACCUUAUCGGCGUGGUGUGUUUCUCGGUCUGUGUCCAGUUUCGUCUGGUUGGCUAGUAGGUACAUAUCACAACGAUGGGAGAACGAAAGCUGGCUUCAAGUGGAGUGAGUAUUCCACACUAGAUGUGAAAUUUCGAGAGUCGAUAUUAGUCAAGAACAUCGAUUGGCUCUUGCCUACGUCGAAGGGCAUUUAUGUUGAUUGUGACCCGCUGGAAAACCUGCAGUCUGGCACGCCGUCGCUGGGUCCCGUCCUGCACAGACAUGCGCUGCAACGUAUGGCCUGUCAGCCGCGCUUCUCUGGCACGGAGUACAGCUCAGGCGAUCCAACCGGCAUGGAAAUGAUAUUAGGUAACAAUGAAGUUGGUGAGUUUGUCUGUGAAUCUUUGGACAAAGAAGAAGAUCCAAAGACCGGUGAUGAUUCCAACUCUGACGCGCAACGCGUUGAGGAGGGGAAUAGCCCAUCGGAGCGUGUGUCACCUGACUCUAAUCCUGAAGCAAGGGAUCCGAGGCCCUUACCCAUUCCACCAUCUCAGCCAGGCAAAGUUGAGGAGGGGAAGAAAGGCCGAGGAAGACCAAAAGGGAGCAAGGAUAAGAAUCCAGGACAACGCAAAAGAAGAACAAAAGCCGAGCUAGAAGCAUUAAGAAAAGACAUGAAUAAAUUUGCCAUGCUAGUAGGCGGGCAUGAGCUGGAAGAAGGGGAAACCUUUCUCGAAGCACAUGCCAUGCUGUCAGUUUCCCAAGCCUUGGAAAGCCCUGACGCCGAAAAAUGGCGUGCAGCUAUCACCAAGGAGGAAGCUAGAUUACUUGCCUUGGAGACUUGGGCGCCAGCUACUGACGAGGAGCUGCGAACCUCUUCUCAGGUAAUGCCUAUAGCAAUCGUUCUCACGGUAAAACGUGAUGGAACAUUCAAAGCUCGUGCUUGUGUGCUCGGGAAUCUUGAUCGUUCGGGGAAUAUCGACACCUACGCCCCUGUAGUGUCACACGCUGCGAAUAGACCUUUACGCGUUUCAGCGGCGACGGAAUCUGACUUCGUCAUCCCCUUCGACCUUGAUUCUGCGUUCCUUAAUGCUGAACUCGAUCGCGACGCCUUCUGCCGUCUUCCACCAGUGUGGGCGGAGAAGCAUGGAGCGGAUAUCGUCAAGCUUAAGAAAGCUCUAUAUGGGCUCAAGGACGCUCCACGAGCUUGGUGCAAGAAGUAUUGCGUGCUAUUGUCCGAACUCGGAUGGGAGCCGUGUCCUUCUGCUCCUCCAGGAUUGUGGCGGAAAAAGAGCAAAACGCACCCAGGAAAGUGCGCGAAGAUGUCAGUCUAUGUUGAUGAUAACUUAGCUACUGGACCUGACUAUCAAGAGAUACGGUCUGAGCUCGACCGGAUCUUUAGUCGCGCCCCCGGCCGACCUAUUGAGAUGGCAAAGCGAGCCGAUUCUCACACGGGUUUCGAAUGGCUAGAGUUCGACUUUCUUGGUGCGAUUGUGCACUAUUGUCGGGAAGCGCGUUCAGUGAAAAUCCUGAUGAGUGUGCACAUAGAGAAGACUUUACAGAAGUAUAAAAUAACAUUAGGUAAGCCGGUGUGGUCUCCAAAUUUCGACGAGUCUGCUUUGCUUGAGGAGGGGCUUAAGCUAGCAGCCGGGUUUCCAUUGCGUGAGAUUGUUGGCGCACUGCUUUGGAUAUCGACAACCGCGAGGCCAGAUAUUUGCGUCCCUGUGGCGACAUUGGCUCGGUAUGUCAGUAAGCCCGUUACUGAAAGAAUUGCAAAAGCCUGUAGGAAAGUAUUAAAGUAUCUAGCUACAACAAAAGACCAAGGACUCUAUUACUCUCCAGAAAGUGAGGAAGAAUUCAACGAAAUCUACAAGAAGCUCCUACCAGAAGGGAGAGAGCUACCGUAUACUAACUGGUUCUCAGAUGCAGGAUUCGCAAACUGCAUAAAGAGCAUGCGCUCGACCAGUGGUUCGAUUAUGUACUAUCGGGGUUUUCCUAUCUGUUGGAAACGCAAUACCCAAGCCGUGCGUGCAUAUUCAACUGCAGAGUCAGAGUAUAUAGCCGCGUCGGGCACUAUUGUCAUGAGCGAGCUGCAUGAUUUUACAGAUUUCCUCAAUCCCUUACCCACUCAACUAGUGGAAACGCGGUUUGGUAUAUCGCCAUCCCUCGAUGAUGCCAUAUGGUGGAUAGGCAACCAGUCUGCAAUCUCGACAGCAAAGAGUGAAGAUGCGAAGCCUAAGAGUAGACACUACGCGCUACGUUAUUUAAGGGCUAGAGAUGCAGCCGAGAAAGUCGCUUUCUGUCCUACUCACCUGAUGAAAGCUGAUGGACUAACGAAACUUUCAUGCUCAUCCAAUCAACGCAGAUUAUUACUACACCACAUAGAGAAUCCAGUAAUUAGCCGUAACCAUGUUGAAGACGAUAGUGACUCGGAAGAAGAAGAUGAUGAGUCUGGUUCAGGUUCUGCUUCUUUGGCGGUGCUUACCUAUUCUAUCUUCUUAGGGUGUUAGGUCGUUGGUCAAAGGUGAUGUCAGUGGCUAUACAGCGAAUCGUGAUGGUUCUGGGUCAGAGCAGGUAGCACCAGACCGCUCGCGGCUCCCGCCAUUUCCUCGCCUAGCGAUUGAGGAGGGGUGUUGGUCAAUGGUCAUUACUGGCUCAAGAUCCAAUGGAUGAACCUGAUUUCAAUGCCAAAUGACUGCUCUCACUCGUCACCUUGAUCAUGAUCAAGACCGUUCCUUGUCUUGAACUCUUGUCAGUUCCUCGUAUGAUCAUCAUUUGAACUCAAUGAGUUCCAACAUGAAUCAGCAGCAAGAUCUCCCAGAUCUUUAGCUGCACUAUGACCCUUCAUGAUAUGCCAAUGACAUUGAACCCAUUUUGAUACCAUUCCAGGGCCUUAGACAGUCAGUGAUCAUUCGGCGCGUCCGUUCUGAUCGUCUUUCUGUUACAUUGCAACGAUAGUCAUUCCAUUUGCUCUCAAGAGCCUCAUAGUGCGCUUGGACGUGUUCGGGUGUUCCAACACAUACACAGCUCUUUGGUAUUGGCUAAAAGUGUCUUCAUCGAAGUACUAUUUUUUUGCUAGCAGCAUGGACUUGUUAUGUAUUUAUAAGGUUUCGCGCUUUUCCGUUGUCAACAUGCGAAAGCGGAGGCGAAGGAGAUCGAGAAUAAGUAUGAACUGCAUUUCUUGCAUCGCGGGAAACGCACGAGACAGGAUCAAACUAGUGUCGAUAUCACACUCGAGGGAGGUUAUAUUACGGAAGAUUGCGCUUGUACUAGUAUUGGUGUUGCUACACCCUUGAUGAGAGGGGCCGGCUUCGUUUUUGGCAUGCGCGCAGUUGGCUUAGCUGAUGUAGCUGCCAAGUGCGCAGUUGUUGGCCUUGCACUGUGCAGUUACUGGCCCUGGGUGGCCCGUACAUUCACCAGGAACGGUACGUGCCAAAAAAGCUAGUUGUAUGAACCGUCCACAGGAUGUGAGAAAAUGUAAUCGAUUGGCAGCAUCUAAUUAUCCCUACCUGGUCGUUCUCUUUUCUUUCUCGCUGCUGCGCGAAGAGAACGCGUUUCCAAGGCAAGGCAGUCUGGUCCUGCAUGCGAACCAUAAGGUACUUCUACUUGCGUGUUCAACCUCUUAGAAGUCAUUUCGAUACAAGUUUUUUUUUUUUUUCUUGAAAAGUUCUACUCAGUCUCAGUCCAUAUCUAUCAUAAACAUAAACGUGAUGAUGAUCAUAACGCUCAUCUUGUCACCCUGUUCCUAACUGACCAAGGUCUCCGAGUUGCGGAAGGUUGGAUCAUCAUGGCCCUUAAUAGGACGCGCCUUGUGGUCUGUGCUAGAUGCCGAGGUAACGAGAAGGGUGCCGCUCCAAUGCCAGAUGACUCAACGCGUUUUCAAUUAAGGCUAGCCUUCAUCUAAUUCGCAAACGCCAUCCACAGGAUGAACGUAGAGUUUCGCGCUUGAUUCAGCAUUUAUCUAUAGUGCAGUUUCGGACUUUUCACGACUCUACCACUUAAAUAUUCAAAGAGAGACGAGGAUUACUCGCUCUCACAUGUGAUGUUGAAACGCCUACCCCGUCUAAUCCAAGGACGUGAAAACGUGUUUUAUGCGAGACGGCGACGCGGGAUACAUAAUGGCGGUCGAAAACCACAGCUCCACUUAUGCAUGGAACAUAUACUCUCGACAUUUCAGACUACUCCUGCUCCUCCUCCUCAUUCUCCAGUUUCUUGUUCCCCAACACUGUAGCACAACACUCUAGCAUUGUUGUACCUCUAACUUCUAGACACAGCAGGCGUUCAGUACGAUAUGACGGAGUCUAUCGGUAUUCAGGGCUCAAGGGCGUCUGCGGUAACCUUUGAUGUGGUGCCUCCGCGUCAUAAGUUCAUCGUUAACGUGGGAACCCAAACUUCAAAGGCGGACUUUGUGGAUUAUCAGCAGGUUAUGUCUGGUCGUCUUGUAACAGAUUGCAAUAGAAGAUAGAUGUUGUAGAUGUGGUGGAAGUCCUUCUUUAUUCCUCAUAGAAGAUGUAGAAGUCCUUUGUUGUAAGAUUCCGCUGCAACUGCAACAUAGUAAAUAUGAUUCCUCUAAUACAAGCAUGCAGUAUGUGGAUCCCGAAAUGGCGAUGGCGAUGAUGGCCCCACAAGAAGAUUUCCACAUAGUGUUGCCGCUAGAAGAAAAAUGCGACGCCAAGAAAAAAGCGCCGCCUUCUGCUGAAUUCCUAGCCCUCGGAGAAGGUGACGCAGUGUAUAAUGGCUUUUCGCGUGAAACUUUGAUUAUGGUCCAUGAUGAUGGAUGUGGAUGAUGCUGGUGAAGAUGGUGAUAAUGGUGUCAUAUUUAUAUGAGUCUUCUCGUGUGUAUAGGUAUACAUGCAAUGAUAAAAGUACGUAAAGAUACCAUAUUUUGCAUGAUGUUCUUGACCAAACAAGAACAUCUUUCUUUAACGAACUUGUUCCAACAAGAACCUCCCAGUAUGAUAAUAAAUCAACAUUUACACCAAGGACGAUGAGGUUUAGUAUAAAUGAGACUAGGGCUUGGUGCUUUGUUCUAAAUCGCAGCAGCAGUAUGGAGACAAGUACUUGCCGCGAAGCAGUUCCAAAAACCUGCCUGGAGGAGGUUCCUCCUCGUCAUAUUCUACAACAGUCACCGCGCCUGCGUCAACGAAGCAAGCUGAGACUGCCGCUAGCCUAGCGGGUGACAUAAUUAUGGCAUGCUUAUCUAGAAUUUCUUUUUCAUUUUGAAGAAAACACUUUUCAGAUGACGAAGCAAGUAGAUGAAGAAGUUGUUUCCAUACAGGCUCCUGGUGCCAAAGUCUCUCUCCGUCUUUGUUCUCUUCUUUUUUCGAGAGUAGUUCCAUUCUCUUUGAAAGUAGUUCCAUUCUCUUUGAAAGUAGUUCCAUUUUCUUUAUCGAUUCUCUCUUUCUUUCUUCCAUUCUCUUUGAAAGUAGUUCCAUUUUCUUUAUCGAUUCUCUCUCUCUUUCUUCCUCUUCUUCUACUUCUAAAGCAACAGUAGACGCCGACGAUGAGGAAGCGCGCUUGUUGGAACAGGCAAUGCAGCUGUCUGUGGAUCCUAAGGUGACGCUGCAGACACGCGUUAAAACUCUCUUCGAGCAGUACACAAAUUAAGACAUCAGAUCUUUCUACAGAUUUUUCUUUCUCGUCACGCAUGAGAGCAAGCAUGUGCUUCCCCCUUAUAGUAGGGGGGGAAGGGGAGAAGGUUUAGGUCUGCGGUCUAUAGGACGCUCGCCAGGUCUUACCCGCUCCCUACAUUUAGACCCUUUACCUUUACUUUAAUAGGUGCGUCUAUCAGUCAGUCUCAGUCAAUCAAUUCGGUUUUCUUGUUACCCGAUGCAGAAAUUGAAAUAUCACUUAUAUGAUCAAGGAGAAUUAAGAGAGUACUUCUACAUCCUACACUUUUCUCGGUAUUAACUCAAGUUCUACCCAGCGUCAUUUGAGUUUGCGACAGGACUAAUUUGCAUUUGUCGACACGGUAUGACUUUGAUAGUUCUUACCCUGCUCGCUGUAGUCGUGUUACACUUACAAGUAUAAUCAUCAAAUGAUGACAUUAAUUUGAUCAGGAUCAGCAGAACUAUGUACUUCUUAAGAAUAUUCGAACAAACACUACUACCUAAUAAAGAACCUAUGGCUAAUAUGGUGAUAUCUACUUCUCUAAGCAAAGGAAGGAAUGCCACCGAAUGAGGCAGCUGCGCAAGCGAUGCGUGUAGCCAAGGAACAGAUGCUGCAUUCUUAGCAGAUUUUAACGCCUAUAUAGAACGGAGAUGCACAUGACACGGUGGUCAUCGUGCUGAAGACAUGGUCAUGCUGAAGACAUAUUCAUUUGUGUCAUGGACAUGCACAUUUGACACGCUGGUCAUCGUGCUGCAGAUUUUUUCUUAUAUUGUUCGAUCACGAUCGAUGCGCAUUUUGAUAUCAUGAAUCACAUAAGAUUUCUUGUGACCACACAUCAACAUGUUUGUUUAACACUGAUCGUCCUCCAAAGAAAUUCACACAUAUUUUUACACUUCCUACGACCAGGACCACCAGCCACCAACUGCCUCAUAGCAGCUAUGUCGGUGAUUAGCAGGAUAUUAUUAAAUCAUAUUGUCAGAGUUUUCCAGACUGGCUAAU